AUAUAACCGGAUUUUCCACAAUAUUGUAUCGCAGUCGAAGAUGAAUACUUGGCCAAUAUUAGUGCUAGUAAUACUUCAAGUCAUCUCGAUUUGCGGUCAAGGAAUAUGCACCUUGCCGAGUGGAAACGAAGGCAUCUGCACACCAAUCAAGCAAUGUCUGAGUGCACUUGCUCUACUUAAGGCAGGAACAAAAGCGAAGGUCUGUGGAGAAGCGGAUGGUCUUCCUCUCGUCUGUUGCGAUCAGCGUUCCAUUCAACUGACCGAACAGCAAGCAGGAGCGAAAGCUGAGAAAUAUUGCAGCCAAUUUGUAAAUUAUUUGGCAAAAAAAUACGACAACGCUUACGCAGCUUACGGAGGGAAAAGAUCUCUUGCUUUUGAAUUUCCACAUAUGGCGGCGCUUGGAUUCAAAGUCGACGAUAAGAUUGUUUGGGGAUGCGGUGGGUCUUUGAUAAGCGACAAAUUCGUGCUAACAGCCGCACAUUGUAUAGCCAAUAAAAAUUUGGGUGAAGUAAAGCAAGUUCGCUUGGGAGAUCUGAAUUUGGCACUGGACACCGACAACGCAAGACCUGAAGAUUUCCAAGUUGCUAACGUUUACAGACAUCCGGACUACAAGUCCCCAUCUCGCUACAACGAUAUAGCUUUGAUCAAGUUGAAUCGGUCUGUCGACAGCACGAUUUACGCGCACAUGGCUUGCUUGAACACGGAUCCAAAUGUAAAUCCCGAUGGUGGUCUUAUAGCGACCGGUUGGGGUUUAUUGAAGUUUGCUGGUGAACCGGCUGAUCAUCUGCAGAAGCUCGAACUUAAUCUCGUUAACUUCGAAGAGUGCAAUAAACAUUAUCCGCCCGAAAGGAAAUUGGAUAAGGGUAUUUUGGAUGAUUCGCAGUUGUGCGCUGGUCAUCCGAGUCGCGAUACAUGCGAAGGUGAUUCCGGUGGACCAUUGCAAAGGUUCAUUCAUUUCGAUAGAACGUCAAUACCAAGAGUGCAUACCGUUUACGGAGUGACUUCCUUCGGAAAAGCGUGCGGUUUAUCCUCCAGUCCUGGCGUCUACACUAGAGUCUCAAAGUAUAUGGAUUGGAUAGAAUCAAUAGUUUGGCCAAACUAAUCAUUAUUAUUCAAACUAUACAUUCAUUUCACAAACACAUUGUAUUUACAUAAUAUAUAGU